CGCGGCCGGUGCCGAGCGAGCGCAGCCGGCGCCCCCUCCGCUCCGGGCAGCGGCCCCCGCGCAGCGAGCCGGGCAUGAGAGCGGCGCCGGCGGCAUGGCAGCCUCAGGGGUGUUCCGAAGGUGUGACAUUCUCCUGGUCUACAGCCCGGAUGCGGAGGAAUGGUGCCAAUACCUCCAGGACCUUUUCCUGUCCAGCCGGCAGGUCCGUGGCCAGAAGACGCUGACUUACCGGCUGGGCCCGGACACUUUCUUCUCAGCUGAGGACCUGACCUUCUUCCUCAGCACGCGCUGCAUCGUGGUGCUGCUGUCCGCGGAGCUGGUGCAGCACUUCGGCCAGCCGGCCCAGCUGCCGCUGCUGCAGAGAGCCUUCCACCCGCCGCAGCGCAUGGUCCGGCUGCUCUGCGGGGUGCAGAACAGCAAGGAGUUCCUGGACUUCUUUCCAGAGUGGGCGCACUGGCAGGAGCUCACCUGUGACGACGAGCCCGAGACGUACGUGGCAGCCGUGAAGAAGGCCAUUUCUGAAGAUUCUGGCUGUGACUCAGUCACCGACACUGAAACUGAGGACGAGAAGGUCCUGCCCUACUCGAAGCAGCAGAGCCUGCCGCUGGAAACUUCACCUGGGAACCUGAUGGUGGUGCAGCCAGACCGCAUUCGCUGUGGGGCAGAAACCACUAUCUACGUCAUUGUGAGAUGUAAGCUGGACGAGAGAGUGACGACCGAAGCCGAAUUUUCUCCAGAGGAUUCUCCCUCCAUUAGGGUGGAAGGCAAGCUGGAGAAUGAGUACACCGUGUCCGUGAAGGCUCCCGCCCUUUCAUCUGGGAAUGUUUCUCUGAAGAUAUAUUCCGGGGAUUUAGUGGUGUGCGAAGCCAGUAUCAGCUAUUACACUGACAUGGAAGAAAUCGGGAAUUUAUUGUCCAAUGCUGCGAAUCCUGUGGAAUUCAUGUGUCAGGCCUUUAAAAUUGUGCCCUACAACACAGAGACACUCGAUAAACUGCUCACUGAGUCCCUGAAGAACAACAUCCCCGCAAGUGGACUGCACCUCUUUGGAAUCAACCAGCUGGAAGAAGAAGAUAUGAUGACAAAUCAGAGGGAUGAAGAGCUGCCCACCUUGUUGCAUUUUGCUGCAAAGUACGGACUGAAGAACCUCACUGCUUUGUUGCUCACCUGCCCGGGAGCCCUACAAGCAUACAGUGUGGCCAACAAACACGGCCACUACCCCAACACCAUUGCCGAGAAACAUGGCUUCAGGGACCUGCGGCAGUUCAUCGACGAAUACGUGGAAACUGUGGACAUGCUGAAGAGUCACAUCAAAGAGGAACUGAUGCAAGGGGAGGAGGCCGACGACGUGUAUGAGUCCAUGGCCCACCUUUCCACAGACCUGCUCAUGAAAUGCUCUCUCAACCCGGGCUGUGAUGAGGAACUGUACGAGUCCAUGGCCGCCUUCGUCCCCGACGCCACUGAAGACCUCUAUGUUGAAAUGCUUCAGGCCAGUACAUCUAACCCAAUCGCUGGAGAAAGUUUCUCCCGGAACACUAAGGACUCUAUGAUCCGCAAGUUUUUAGAAGGCAAUAAUGUGGGCAUCGCCCCUUUGGAGAAGGAGCCGUCCCAUCAUGACCCGGAAGAUGUUUAUCACACAGUGGAUGAUGAUGAGGCCUUUUCCCUGGACCUGGCCAGCAGGCCCCCCGUCCCAGUGCCCAGGCCAGAGGCCAGUGCUUCUGGUGCUCACCAGGUGCCCGACAAUGAACCGUACAUUUCCAAAGUUUUUGCAGAAAAAAGUCAAGAGCGGCCUGGGAAUUUCUAUGUUUCCUCAGAGAGCGUCAGGAAAGAGACAGGCCCCCCGUCAAGUAUAUAUGAUCCCUUUGAUGGGAUGAAAAACGGCCAGGCCCAGCGCAGCUCAUCACCCUCCAGGGAGCAGGUGAAGCUGGGCAUCGUCAACGUGGACGAAGCCGUGCUCCACUUCAAAGAGUGGCAGCUCAACCAGAAGAAGCGUUCGGAAUCCUUUCGCUUCCAGCAGGAAAAUCUUAAACGGCUAAGAGAUAGCAUCACCCGAAGACAGAGAGAGAAGCAAAAAACAGGAAAGCAGACAGGCAGCACGAGUAACCGAUCCAGCACUCGGAGCCUCCUCAGUGUGAGCAGCGGGAUGGAGGGGGACAAUGAGGAUAAUGAAGUCCCUGAGGUUCCCAGAAGUCGGAGUCCAGGCCCCCUACAAGUGGACGGAACACCCACCCUGCCCAUCGAUAGGCCCCCCAGGGUGCCUCCCCGAGCGGCCUCACAGAGGCCUCCAACCAGGGAGAUCUUCCAUCCUCCUCCGCCCGUUCCACGCAGAGGUCGUUGAUUCCACCUCCUAGAAGCUGCCUACUCCAGGACUUUGAGACGAGCAGUUCCCAGCCUGCUAAUGAUGUCUUCAUGUUACGUUUUAUGGCAUGACUGCUGACCUUGAGACCCACUCUCAUUACUGAUAUUGUUGCAGCCCUGCUGGUUUGGGCUUUCCUUAAAGAAGAUAUUAUUAAGGCAUGGAGGAGGGAAAAACUAAGGACUUCAGUCACCAUUGCCAAGUAUAUUGAUCCAUACCCUUGUUUGCCAAAAGGAUGAAGACUUAAUUGGGAUCCUUACCUCUAACUUGACAUGUCGGAAGCCUGAAAGAUUGGUUAGAAAUGUGCAUUACAAGUGAUUUUACUGAAAUGCAUUUAUAUUAGGCCUUACUUAUUUGUUAAUCCAGACUAAUUUCUACAAGUGGUUAUGAUUUAGUACUUACAGUAUUCAAGUAAGAAGACAUACCCUGAUUUUUAAAUGAUGCUUCAACUUUUCUGUUGAACAGGCCAGCACUGUUCCUUCAUCUUGUAUUAAAACCUGUGAGCAGAUACCCAACUAUGUACAUAACAAAGUAUGAAGACUGAGAGACUGUGAACAGGAGGCUGGUGUUGCAAUCAAAUGCAGGAGGGUGUGUAAAUGCCAGGGCUGGUCACAGGCAAUAAUCUGAAAAAGCCUUUAGUGCUGUCUCCCCUUAUGUAGAGGUCAAAGCUGAGGAUCCAUCGAAGUCUGGAGCUGAGAGUGUUUGGUUGGCUAGAGGAAGAGGCAGUUCAGAACCUGGGCCUGCCAAUUCCAGGGGACCACACUUUCCAUCUCCAAAUAGCCAAACCCUCUCCCUCAAGAAGUGCCCAGAUGUAGAAAUUCAGUCAGUGACUGACACUUGUCCUCCAGAAGUUUCUUUCUUCCAUGAUCUCCCAGGUAUGGAACUACCAUGUAUUUCCCCCCAAACUUGGCAUUAACACUUCAGUGUGCUUUCAAAAAAGUGAUGCUGCCAAGGAGCAUCUAUUAGUGGUUGGGACCAGAAGCUUGGGAUUCCAGGGACCCCAUUUAUUGCUCUGCCGUCUUUAUAGGUCUUAGUUCUGGCCAUAAAGAGAGAGGGGGGUCCUUGGCAUUUUCUCUGCUAAGGGGUCCGAAGGGGAAGGAAGAACCUAAAGCAGAAAUAGUUAUUUCCUUAUACACCUAUUAUUACCACUGGGCUUGGGAAAUCUGUUUGUGCAGAGAAUAUAGAGCCUAAAGUAUGUCAUUAAUUUUGAGUUCCUGCCACAUCAAUCUACCUUCAAAACAUAGGUCCUUAAUUUGAUAUUUAACCAUAUAAUAAAAUUAGUAUUGGACCUAGUUCUUUAAAAAUGUCAGAAAUCUUGUGGUUUUCCAGGAAAUUAUUCUCUGUCCACACAGAUGUAUAAAAGCCACACUAUUAAAGAUCAUUUAGUACA